AGUCUAGAAGCCGUCGGAACGGCGGCGGCGGCAAAGGGAGAAGCGAAGAGCGCCGCAGCACCGAGACAACUCAACUCGCCGGCCAUGGCGCUGCUGAUGGAGCCGGGCGCCGAGCCUCUGACCGAGAGCGAGCAGGCCGACCUGGCCGGCAUCGCCGCAAUCAAGGAGGCAGCGGCGCGCGAGUACAAGGAGCAGGGCAACCAGUUCGUCCGGAUGGGGCGGAAGCACUACGCGGAGGCAGUCUCCUGCUACACCAAGGCCAUCGCCCAGAUGGAGCCCCUCUCCUCCCUCGACGCCGCUGACGCCUCCAUCCUCUUCGCGAACCGCGCCCACGUCAAUCUCCUCCUCGGCAACUACCGCCGGUCCCUCGACGACGCCGAGCAGGCCAUUCGCCUCUCUCCCUCCAGUGUCAAGGCGUACUACCGGGCGGUGAAGGCGGCGCUUGCGCUCGACUUGUUGCCGGACGCCGCGUCCUUCUGCCGGAGGGGGCUCGAGCAGGACCCCGCAAAUGAGGAGCUCAAGAAACUACUGGCGCAAGUGGACGCAAAACUGGGCGAGCAAGAACGUCAGAGAGCCAAGGUUGCACAAGCAAUCGCCGCAGCCAAGGAUCUUGCUGCUGCCAUGGAGAAGAGAGGGGUGAAGCUUGGGAAGGCGGCCUAUCAAGAACUGACAGGGGUAAAGAAGCCGAAGCUGGAUGAGCAGGGCGUGCUUCACUGGCCUGUUCUUCUGCUUUACCCAGAGGUCAUGUCGAGUGAUUUCAUCGAGGAUUUUCCGGAGACUGAUACUUUGUCGCCCCAUCUUGAUGUCAUGUUCUCAGAAAGUUCUCCACCAUUGCCAUGGGAUGAGAACCACGCUUACACAAGGGAUGCCAUUGAGUUGUAUUAUCAGGGCGGUUUUGGAAAACCUCUGUCCAAAAGUGAGAUAUUAAGAUAUCUUCUAGAAGGCACUGUAGACUCGAAGUCGCUUCCUGAUGGUCUACUUGAUGGGGAGGAUGAAGAACAUGGGAUAAGUCAGAGUAGUGCAAUUUCAUCAUCAACUGAAGGCUCCAGUAGGUGGAUCAAAGUAAAAGAAGGAAAAACACUUCAAGAAGUUCUGCAGGACAAAGACCAUAUCAUUCCAGCAAUUCCUGUAUUCUUUGUUGUCUCAAGAAAGUCCAUCUUCUAUAAAGACUUUAAGGCUGGAAAUUGGUCUUUGCCAUGAAAAAAAGGGUGCGCCAAGGUUCUGCUUAACAUAUUUGGAAGAUGGCAGCGGAUAUGGCCAGGCAACAGAAGAUGCCCGAUUCAUCAUCAUCUUGUGUUUUUAAAGGAGUGUACUUCUUUCAGUAUCUGCAAAACACCUUUCUGCUUGAUUUAUGACCAACGAGUAAUUGUGUUCAUCGAGAUAGACAGAAAAGAGAACGCGAUGCAAUAUGUUUUCUUUGAAAGAUCAAUGUGAUAGGAAUUUUGUCUUGGACCAGUUCGGCGUUUGGUCUGGAGGUAGUAUGAUACUGGUGUGAUAUUCAGGUUUCAACUGAAA